CAGAUGAUCGUCCUUCAACUUUUCAGAACCCACUGCAGCAUUGCUGCUCCAGCUUAAUGACGAUGUCCUGGCUUUGAUCAGGUUGAACAGGAGACUGGAGAGCAUAGUGCAGAUGCUCUGGAGGGCCCUGGAGUGGUUGGGCAAUGGACAUCGACGAGGACGCGCUCGCUUCAUGGACGAGGAUGUGCGACUGCUUCACCGGGUAUUGCCCAACCUAAAGAGCUUCAAACUCAGGGGCUGCCAAACCACCGGGAAGUACCUCUGCGACCUGGAGCACCUUACCGAUCUCCGCGGCAAGAAAUACACGCGCAAGGAGCACCUAGCCAACCAUAUGCGAUCCCACACCAACGAGACGCCGUUCCGUUGCGAGAUCUGCGGCAAGAGCUUUAGCCGCAAGGAGCACUUCACCAAUCACAUACUUUGGCAUACAGGCGAGACGCCGCACCGGUGCGACUUCUGCUCCAAGACGUUUACGCGCAAGGAGCACUUGCUUAACCACGUGCGCCAGCACACGGGAGAGUCGCCACACCGCUGCUCCUACUGCAUGAAGACGUUCACGCGCAAGGAGCACCUGGUCAUCCACAUACGCCAGCACACGGGUGAGACACCGUUCAAGUGCACGUACUGCACCAAGACGUUUACGCGCAAGGACCUCCUGACGAACCAUGUGCGCCAGCACACGGGCGACUCCCCGCACCGCUGCUCCUACUGCGAGAAGACCUUUACGCGGAAGGAGCACCUGACGAACCAUGUGCGCCUGCACACGGGCGACUACCCGCACCGCUGCUCCUACUGCGAGAAGACCUUUACGCGGAAGGAGCACCUGACGAACCAUGUGCGCCUGCACACGGGCGACUCGCCGCACAAUUGCGAGAACUGCCAGAAGACGUUUACGCGGAAGGAUCAUCUGAUCAACCACAUGUCUCGGUGCCACGGUCACUUGGUCUCGCACAUGCGCUCCCAUUCGGGUGAGAAACCACACGCGUGCACACUGUGCAGCAAGGCGUUCGUCGAGCGCGGCAAUUUGAAGCGCCACAUGAAGAUGAAUCACCCGGAUGCUAUGAUGCCGCCACCACCCGUGCAUCCGCAUCCGCAAAUACCGGCUGGUGUGCUGACGCAAGUCAAGCAGGAAGUGAAUCCGAUCAUAAGUGAAACCGAUCAGUUGCAGAAAAUUAAAAUAGAAUUUUAA